AUGGGAUGCACCGCUGCACCGCCGUAUCUGGCCCGUCCGGAUGCACCGUUCGGCCACCCCGCCGUUCUUGUGAACUCUGACAUGGAGGACACACUGCCCAACGAACUGCGAAAUGACUUCUACAAAAAUCCCAGAAUUGCCUCCGGCCUCGCCAGAGCGUCCUGGCUCGGCGAAAAGGAAAUCCAGGUGUUACAUCGCGAGUCCGACAACAUCCCACGGGAGAAAAUUUUCAGCGCUCUCCACAAUGCCGGAUUCAUCCGCAGAUGAAGAGGCUCGACUGCAC